GAGUCUGGACUUGAGCAAGUUCUGCAUUGGGCAGAAGGAGGAGCAGCAGCAGCCCAUGUACGACCUGUAUGCGGUAAUCAAUCACUACGGCGGGAUGAUUGGCGGGCACUACACGGCCUACGCCCGGCUGCCCAGCGACAAGAACAGCCAGCGCAGCGACGUGGGCUGGCGGCUCUUCGACGACAGCACGGUGACCACCGUGGACGAGAGCCAGGUGGUGACGAGAUACGCGUACGUCCUCUUCUACCGCCGGCGGAACUCUCCCGUGGAGAGACCCCCGCAGGGGCGCCCCCCGGAGCACCGGCCAGACAUGGCUGCCGCCGCCGAGCCGGCCGCCAGCCAGGCUUCUCUGAUCUGGCAGGAACUGGAGGCCGAAGAGGAGCCCGAGGCUGGCAGGAGGCAUGCCAGGACUCCCUGCCGGCGCCGCGGCCAGACGGCGAGCCAGGCCGCCCGGCAGCACCCUGACGAAGGCUGCCUCCGCUACGUUGUGCUGGGCACCAUGGCCGCCAUUAUGGCACUCUUCCUCAAUGUCUUCUACCCCCUCGUCUCCCAGAGCCGCUGGGGCAUGAACCCCGUGUCGUUCGGCUCCAGCGUCGCCCCCGAAGGAGGCCCCCCGUUGUCCCCUGCCGGGCUCCCGGAUCGCUUUGCCAGCCCUGCAGAGUGCCCCGCCCCCUCCUACAGCAACAUGGAGGAAGUCGACUGAGGCGCAGCUGGCUGCUGGCGGGGUGGAUGUGCAAGGGCCUGUUCUGUGGCUUCCCCCCUCCUGCCCUUUGCUGGGGGUCCCUGCCUGGCCCUUCUCAAGCACUUUCCUCUCGGCCCCUGCACGCUGCCCUGCUGGGUAACGGUUUCAUUGGCUGCCAGGCAGGGGCAGGGAUAGGAGAGCCCAGAGCUGCAUGGACUGUGGGGGCCUGGGGCAGCUCGCUGGGGAUCACCUGGCCCCAACCCUCCAUCAGCCUGUGGCCCAAAUGGGGACAGAACCUGCUGCUCCUUUGCGGGGCUGGGGUUGGGGUUCCUCCCUGCCCCCCAGGGCCUGGCAGCUCCCUGCGAUGGUAGUUGGCAGGGUGGGUGUGGGGCAGCCUGGGCACUGCCCUCAAGGGCAGGCUCCCUCUCCAGGGGCUGGGCUGCCGGCCCGGGGCCCAGGCAGGGCCUGCCUAGGGUGGCGUUGCCCGCUCCUUGUGUUGCUGUUGCCAGCAUCCCCGUGGUGCCCAUGCAGCAGUGGGAGCCUGGCA